AUGAGCACUAACCGAAAUCUUGAGGGUGCGAACGCUGGUAACGGAAAUGACGUUGGAUAUCAAGCACCACCUCAAGCAAUGUCUGUUCCUAUUGUUCCUGUUGCGGGUGUGCCUGAGAUUGAUGAGACCUUCAAGGCAUUGAGGGCAAUAGAUGCCCAGGACACUAAAGCUGUGAGGCUCACCUCUUAUCAGUUGAAGGAUGUUGCUCACGCAUGGUUUGAGAUGUGGGAAUCUGAGAGGGGUGACGCUGCUUUAGCUCCGAUGUGGGCUGAAUUUGAAGAGACAUUCAUGGAAAGUCGUGAGGAUCAUGCAAAUCACUUGAGGAUAACUUUGACAACACUUGAGGAGAACGAGCUUUAUGCAAAAUUCUCUAAGUGUGAAUUACGCUUCGAGUCUGUGUCUUUCUUGGGUCACGUGGUGACUGGGGAUGGCAUUAAAGUAGACCCUCAGAAAAUUUCAGUGGUUAAGGAUUGGCCUAGACCAACUAGUGCGACUAAAAUUCGUAGUUUCUUGGGUUUGAAGACUGCUAAGUUUCAGUGGUCCGAAGCUUGUGAAAAGAGUUUCCAAGAACUUAAGACAAAGUUGACUUCGACUCCUAUUUUGACUUUACCUUCUGGGUCUGGUGGAUAUGUGGUGUAUUGUGAUGCUUCUAGAAUUGGUUUGGGUUAUAUGUUAAUGCAGAAUGGUAAGGUGAUUACUUAUGCUUCGCGACAGUUGAAAAAGCAUGAGAAGAAUUACCCGACUCAUAACUUGGAGUUGGAUGCUAUGGUUUUUGCUUUGAAAAUUUGGCGUCAUUAUCAGUAUGGUGAGAAUUGUGAUGCCAAUGUGGGUGCUGAUGCUUUGAGUAGGAAGUCCAUGGGCACGUUGGCGUAUUUGCGUGCACAUGACAUGUCUAUGGGAAGAGAAAUUCGAAGACUUGCUAGUCUUAGUGUCCGACUUGAUGAAACCGAAGAGGGUGAGUUAGUGGGAGUCACACCACCACGAUCUGAUAUCCUGGAGAGGAUCAAGUCAAAGCAGUAUGAUGAUGAAUUUUUGGCAAAAACUGCGAGAUGGAGUGGAAAAGAAUUGAUGAUGGAAGCUCAUAGUUCGAAGUAUUCUGUUCCGGGAUCCACCAAGAUGUAUAAGGAUUUGAAACAACACUAUUGGUGUAAGAGCAUGAAGGUGAAGGCUGAACAUCAAAGGCCAGGUGGCUUGGCUCAAAGCAUUGAGAUUCCUCAAUGGAAGUGGAAGGUGAUAAAUAUGGAUUUUGUUGCAGGUUUACCUCGCACAAGGACCAAGUAUGAUUCAAUUUGGGUGAUUAAGGAUAGACUCACGAAGUCUGCCCAUUUUCAUUCUGUAAAGAUGUCAUAUGCCGUGGCGGAGUACGCCAAGUUAUAUUUGAAGGAGAUUGUUAGGUUGCAUGCUGUUCUGGCAUCCAUCAUAUCUGACAGAGAUUUGGGGACUAGAGUGAAAUUGAGCACUGCCUUUCAUCCUCAAACUGACGGGCAAGCAGAGAGAACUAUUCAAACUUUGGAGGAUGUGUUGCGUGCUUGUGCAAUCGAUUUUGGAGGAAGUUGGGAUGAACACCUACCUCUGGUGGAAUUCACUUGCAACAAUAGCUAUCAAGCGAGUAUUCAGAUGGCUCCUUAUGAGACUUUUUAUGGAAGGCGUUGUCGGUCUCUAAUUGGUUGGUUUGAACCAACGGAAGUAGAGUUGUUGGGUCCUGAUUCAGUUCAUGAGGCAAUUGAGAAGGGGGUAAUGCAUUUUGGCAGAAAAGGCAAGCUUAGUCCUCGCUAUAUUGGUCCUUACGAGAUUACAAAAAGGGUUGGGAAGGUAGCUUACGAGUUGACAUUACCGGUUGAGAUGUCUAUGGUUUAUCCGGUGUUUCACAUUUCGAUGUUAAGAUUUUACAAACCUGAUCCUUCCUAUGUGCUGCACCAUGAAGAUAUUGAAAUUGAUGAAGCUCUGUCUUAUGAAGGACAACCAGUUCAGAUUUUAGAUCGUCAAGUUAGAAGGUUGUGA